AUGACACACGUCACCAAGGCAGACAGGACACUAGAUAGUGAAGGGGUACCGGACAGUGAAGGGGCACCGGACAGUGAAGGGGCACCGGACAGUGAAGGGGCACCGGACAGUGAAGGGGCACCGGACAGUGAAGGGGCACCGGACAGUGAAGGGGCACCGGACAGUGAAGGGGCACCGGACAGUGAAGGGCCACUAGAUAAAAGAGGAGUACUUCAGGAAGAAAAUCACAGACCAGAAUCUGCCAAUGAAAUCAUCAUGCACAUAAAAACAUCCAGAAGCCUCCACAUCAUGUGUCACAUACCAGUCUUCUGUUGGAUAUCAGCCACUGUCCUUGAGACGAUGCUGAAAGAAGCAGAGAAAGAUGAAAUCCCCAAAACUCUGACUCAGAUGUACGAACACUUCCUGCUCAUCCAAACCAGAAUGAAAAACAAAAAGUACAACAGAUCCACAGAAACAAAUCCCAAGGAACUUUCUCAGUCAGAUAGAGAGAUGAUCCUGAAGUUGUCAAAGCUGGCUUUCCAACAGCUUCAGAAGGGCAACCUGAUCUUCUAUGAGGAGGACCUGAGAGAGUGUGGCAUUGAUGUCUCAGAGGCAUCAGAGUACUCAACACUGUGUACAGAGAUCUUUAAAGAAGAAUAUGGGCUUUAUCAAGACAAGGUCUUUAGCUUUGUUCAUCUGAGCAUUCAGGAGUUCCUAGCAGCAGUACAUGCCUUAGAAUCUUGUCUGGGCAAGAAUAAAUAUGUCCCCCCCCCCAUUCAGAACUCACAUCAGUAUUAUAAGCACAUUUUUACAUCUGGCAGGUUAUCUGACUUACACUGGAGAGCAGACAGGUUAUCUGACUUACACAGGAGAGCAGUAGACCAGGCCUUGAACAGUGAGACUGGACACCUGGACCUGUUCCUCCGCUUCCUUCUGGGUCUCUCACUGGAGUCCAAUCAGAUUAUCUUAAGAGGCCUUCUGACACAGACAGGAAGUACAACACAGAGUAAUAAGGAAACCGUUAAGAGAACGGUAGAGUACCUUUCACAGAUGAUAAGGAUGAAAUCCUCACCAGAAAGGAUCAUCAACUUGUUCCACUGUCUGAAUGAACUUGGUGCCAACUCUCUAGUUGAAGACAUACAGACCUCCCUACGAUCAGGGACUCUUUCAGAAACAGAACUACAACCUCACCAAUGUUCAGCUCUGGCCUACCUGUUACUGAUGUCAGAGGAGGUGCUGGAGGAGUUUGACAUGAAGACAUACAAGACAUCAAAGGAAGGUUAUCGGAGGUUGCUGCCGGUAGUGAAAACCUGUAAUAGAGCAAUACUGUCUAGCUGUGGAAUCACUGAGGAAGACUGUGCUUCUCUGGUCUCAGCUGUGAAGUCAAACCCCUCACAUCUGAAGGAACUGGAUCUGGGCUACAAUCAGCCAGACGAUUCAGGAGUGAUUGAGCUCUCUGCUUUGAUCAAGGAUCCACAAUGUAGACUGGAGACUCUGAAACUGCCAGGUUUUAGAAUCACUGAGGAAAACUGUGCUUCUCUGGUCUCAGCUCUGAAGUCGAACCCCUCACAUCUGAAAGAGCUGGAUCUGAGUAACAAUGUCCUUAAGGAUUCAGGAGUGAAGCUGCUCUCUGCUAUGUUGGAUGAUCCACAAUGUAGACUGGAGACUCUGAGACUGUCAGGUUGUGGAAUCACUGAGGAAGGUGGUGGUUCUCUGGUCUCAGCUCUGAAGUCAAACCCCUCACAUCUGAUAGAGCUGGAUCCGAGUAACAAUGUCCUUAAGGAUUCAGGAGUGAAGCUGCUCUCUGCUAUGUUGGAUGAUCCACAAUGUAGACUGGAGACUCUGAGACUGUCAGGCUGUCUGUUCAAAGAGGAAGGCUGUCUUUCUCUGGCAUCAACUCUGAAAUCAAACUCCUCAAACUUAAAGAAGUUGGAUCUGAGUGACAAUGACCUGGAAAAUGCAGGUGUACAAUUGCUCUUCACUGGACUUAAGGAUCCAAACUGUAAUCUGGAGUCACUGAGGCUUUCAUUCUGUGGAGUCACAGAGGAAGGAUGUGAUUCACUGGCCUCAGCUCUGAUGUCAAACUCCUGUCACCUAAGAGAGCUUGACCUGAGUAACAAUGACCUGGGGAAUUCAGGAGUGAAGCGGCUCUCUUCUGGACUGGGAAAUCCCCAUUGUAAACUGGAAACACUGAGGUUGUCAGGUUGUCUGGUCACAGAGGAAGGCUGUGCUUCUCUGGUCUCAGCUCUGAAGUCAAACCCCUCACAUCUGAAAGAGCUGGAUCUGAGUUACAAUCACCCAGGAGACUCGGGAGUCAGACUGCUCUCUGCUGGACUGGAGGAUCCACACUGGAGACUAGAGAAACUCAAUAUGGACAAUGGUGGAGAGUGCAAUUUGAAAUCAGGGCUGAAGAAAUAUGCCUGUGAUCUCACACUGGACCCAAACACAGCAUUCAGAGCAUUCUCUCUGUCUGAGGGGAACAGAAAGGUGACACGUGAGAUAGUGACUCCACCGUCGUAUCCGGAUCACCCAGAGAGAUUUAUCAACUAUGGCCAAGUGAUGUGUACACAGGGUCUGUCUGGGCGCUGUUACUGGGAGGUAGAGAUCAGUGGGGGAAUUGUUGAGAUAGCAGUUGCAUAUAAAGGAAUCAUUAGGAACAGAGGUGGAAAGGGCACUGUAGUUGGACGUGAUGGCAAGUCCUGGAGUAUAUGCCGUGAUGGUAAUAACAAAGUAGGAGUGUAUCUGGACUGGCCAGCUGGCACUCUGUCCUUCUACAGUAUCUCCUCUGACACACUGACCCGCAUAAAGAAAUUCCACAUCAAAUUCACUGAGCCCCUCUAUCCAUUGUUCAAGUUGUAUGAUGGGAAAAUCUCAGUGACUCUUUGUCAGAUGUGAUCAACACAUGGUGUUUCACUGUAAUCAUUGUCGUGUUUAGAAGGACAUGAGAAUAACUGUCUAUUUCUUAGUAAGAUAAUAAUAACUACUAUAUACAUGUGUAAUGAAGCAUCUACAACUAUAUUGUUAUAAGAUGCAUGAAUGUGGCAUUCCUGUGUGACAUUAUCACCAUUGUGAUAAGAUGACAUGAUAAGAUGUCUGUUCAAUGACUAACAUGUGCUUUAUAAAGGGUGUGAUACUAUAAUCAUGCAAAUUAAUAAAAUUAAGCAAUUUUACAUUGCAUAAAAGUUCCCAUUGAAAUUGUAUAAAGGAAGAAGUGUAGUGUCUGGUUCUGAUCACUGAUGGGAUCCAAUAAAUUCUCAUAGAAUGUU